AUGGCCGCACAACAAUCAUACUACGAGCUCUACCGUGGGAGCAGCCUCGGCCUGUCCCUGACGGAUACCCUGGACGACUUGAUCAACGAGGGCCGUAUCGAGCCCCAGCUCGCGAUGAAGAUCCUGUCCACCUUUGACAAGGUGGUCACCGAGGUUCUGGCCGAGAAGGGCCACCUUGAUACGUACCGAUUCUGCGACGAGGUCUGGACAUUCCUGAUUAAGGAUGUCCAGUUCAAACUCGACAACCAGACUACCAUCAACGCGGACCGAGUGAAGAUCGUGAGCUGCAACAGCAAGCGACCGGGCGAGACAUAG